UCCCUCUCUGUUUCCCUCGCUGCCCGCGGCUCCUCGGCCACCUCGUGCGUCCUCGUUCCCCGGCGGCUCCUCGCGCGGGGCCCCGGACCCCCGAGGGAAGAUGGCCGCGGAAGCGGCGCGGAGCUGGCUGGACGCGCUGGCCCAGCAGGCCGAGGAGGGCUCGGCCCCGCUGCGGGAGCUGCUGUCGGCCGGCCUCUACCUGCUGCGCACCGAGCUGGGCCUUGACCUGGGACUGGAGCCGUACAGCUAUCCGGCUUGGGUGAUCCUGCUGGGCACGGCUGCGCUCGGGCUGCUGCUGCUGCUCCUGCUUGGAUUGGGAUGGGCCGCGGCGUGCGCCGGGGCCCGCCAGAGGCGGAGGAGCCCGCCCCGCCGGCGGGAGGAGGCAACGGCUCCGGCUCCGGCUCCGGCUCCGGCCCCGGAGGACGGAACCCUUCUGAAGAGCCUCAAGAGCGAGGAUUCGAGGAAGAAGAACCGGAAGAGACUGGCCGAGAAGCCCAAGCCAAAUGGACGAACUGUGCUUGAAGUGCCAGAGGAAGAAGUAAUUGUAGCCCCUCGAAGAGAAACUGCAAAACAGCAACAGCAGCAGCAACAGCAGCAGCAGCAGCAGCAGCAGCAACAACAACAACAACAGCAGCAGCAGCAGCAGCAGCAGCUAGAUGGAGAAAAGAAAAAUGAAAAGUUAAAGAAAAAUAAGAAGAAAUCAAAGUCAGAGGUUAAAGCAGUGCAGAACAGUUCACGCCAUGAUGGAAAGGAAGUUGAUGAAGGAGCCUGGGAAACUAAAGUCAGUAACAGAGAGAAACGGCAGCAGCGUAAGCGCGACAAGGUGCAGCCUGAUACUGGUCCCUUGGAUCCAGCUGUCUCGGGGAUAGAAAGUGCCUAUACAGUAACCACUGAGCAGCUUAUUACAACUUCGUUUCCCGUUGGUUCCAGGAAGAAUAAAGGUGAUUCUCUUCUCAAUGUUCAAGGUAGCAACUUUAAGUCUGGAAAAGGAGAUCUCACCCUUCAGGGAUUGAAUGAAAACCCUACUGUAAAUGGAGGCAGCUGGAAUGAAAGGUCCAUAAAAAUCCCUUCACAGAUCAGUGCAGGUGAGGAGAAAUGGACAUCUGUGUCAUCUGCUUCAGCUGGAAAGAGGAAGAUUGAGCCAUCUAUUUGGGGUCAGGAUACUGGAGAUACUAGUGCAAAUGGAAAAGACUGGGGUGUGUCCCUGGUGGGAAGGACCUGGGGUGAACGUUCAUUAUUCCCUGGCAUUGCUUCUUGGUCUGGUAACGUGGACAGAAGGGUAAAUAAUUCGGCUGAGCAGAAUUCUGCUCCUUUUCCAUCUCUGGCACUCACCACUGCAGUUUCUGGGUCUACCACUGAGGUUUCUCAGUCUACUGCUUCUGAUUUUCAGUGGGAUGUAAGCCGUAAUCAACCCCAUAUCGAUGAUGAAUGGUCUGGGUUAAAUGGACUUUCUUCGGCUGAUCCCAGUUCUGAUUGGAAUGCUCCAGCUGAAGAGUGGGGGAACUGGGUAGAUGAAGAGAAGGCUUCAUUUCUGAAAUCCCAAGAGUUAGUCCAUGAUGACAAAUUUUCAGAUGAUGAUAAAGAAAAGGAAGAUGUGCCUCUUCAAAGUUCUGCAUCUGGUAAAUCUAAAAAGAAGAAAAAGAAAAAGAAGAAGCAAGGUGAAGAGACUAACACUUCUGCACAGGAUACAGAAGAAUUGGAGAAAGAGUUUAGAGAAGAUUUCCCAAUGGAUACCUCUAAAAUCCAUACAAAACAGAAAAAAGCUCUUUCUUUGAAGACCAUGAGCACUAGUGAUCCACCUGAAGUACUCAUCAAAAGUAGCCAGCCUGUUAAGACUCUUCCACUUGCUGUUUCUACCGAGCCAUCUGUAAUUUUAUCACAAAAUGAAUCUGACAAGAUCCCUUCCCAAGUGCCCCAGACGCUACAAGAGACAGCUGUUUCCAAGCCUAAUCUUAAACAGAAUAGUGUGCCUCCUUCCCAGACCAAGUCUGAAGCUAGCUGGGAAUCUCCCAAACAAGUAAAAAAGAAGAAAAAAGCUAGACGAGAAACGUGAAUGUUUUAUCCUGAAUUGGACAUGUGUUGUGCAGACACUGUCUUGAAGAUUAUGCUGUUUAUGCAAUAAUUUGUGAACAUGUACAGAAUUUUAUAUAAAUUUCAACUGAUUUUUAAAGACAAAACUGCUGUGAAUGCAACCAUCAUUAAAAUGGAAUCAAAGGAAAGUUAAUUUGCAAAAUUAAGAGUUCAGCAGAACAUGCAACAUUGCUGGAAGAUGCUUAGGAGUCUCUUUUUCAAUUUUAUGAACUGUGUAUUAAUUUAAGACUAUAGAUCUCCUGGUUUUACAACAGUGCCCUGUUUACAACAGAUUGUGUUCUGUCUCAUCUGCAUCUGAGAACCUAGAGGAGCGUUUAGAGAAAGGGUUGGCUAUAAAAUAGUGGGUAUUUCUUGCAUCUUUGAUUCAGAUUGUCUGCCAUUUGAAUUUGCUUCACAUGUAAAUCAAAGUGCUUUGAUUAAUUGCAUAAUCUUCCACGUUUUGCAUAUUUUUGGUAGCAGUGUGUGUAUUAACGGAGACACAAGUGCAAGUACAAAAUCAUUUAUUGUCAUUUAUUUAGCUGAACCUUUAUGGUUUAGUUGACAGUUAAAGAAAAAUGCUUUCAAUUAAAAGAUCAGAAAUGCAAUUGACACUUGAGUAUGGUUCAUGAAGUUAUUUUUGAUAGUCUUAAAUUACUUGAAUUCUUCAAAGUGCAGUAUAUUUUUAAUUAUAUUACAAAAACUCAA